UAUUCCUCUUUCUCUCUCUACCUUACAGCCAUAGCCAUAGCCACACCCUCAAACAUGGAACGUCGUUGCUGAACUUGCAUUUCCAUACAAGGUUGUCUACCCUUUUGUGUCCCUCUUUCUUUCUCUCUCUGUGUUUUUUUUAGCUCUGAAGAACACUGCUUCUUUUUCUUCUUCUUCUUGUCUUUAGUUUCAUCUCAAUCCUCACAACUAGCUUGUCCUACUCCUACCCUUAACCAUACACACUUUCUUUUCUUUCUUUCUUUCUAUAUCUUUUUUUUUUUCAUUUUUAUGUGUAGUUUGUCACACUUUUUUGUUUACUUGUAGUUUGUACUUUUGCCAACUCUCUCUUUGGUUGGUGCAAUCCACGCACGCUAUCUCUCUCCUAAUUUUCUGAACUGUUUUGUUUGUAGUAACUCCUGAGAGAGAGAGAGAGUAAAAGUUUGGUGACUUACAAAGGGAUAGAGAGAGAGAGAGAGAGAGAAUAGAACUGGGACUGGAACGGGUAGAUAGAAGAAGAAGAAGAAGAUGGGGGACAAAUCCGUGGAGUUAGAGGCUGUUCUCAAAGAAACUGUGGAUUUGGAGAACAUACCCAUUGAGGAGGUUUUUGAGAAUCUGAGAUGUAGCAGAGAAGGUCUCAGCAGCAAGGCUGCUGAAGAAAGACUCGCCAUUUUUGGCCACAACAAGCUUGAAGAGAAAAAGGAGAGCAAGUUUUUGAAGUUCUUGGGAUUUAUGUGGAAUCCCCUUUCUUGGGUUAUGGAGGCUGCUGCUAUAAUGGCAAUUGGACUUGCUCUUAUUAUUAUUGUACAGGGUAAGCCUCCUGAUUGGCAAGACUUUGUUGGUAUUAUCACUUUGCUUGUCAUCAAUUCAACCAUCAGUUUCAUAGAGGAGAACAAUGCUGGUAAUGCUGCUGCAGCUCUCAUGGCUCGUCUCGCUCCGAAAGCAAAGGUUCUUCGUGAUGGUAGGUGGAACGAACAAGAUGCCGCAGUCCUGGUUCCUGGUGACAUCAUCAGCAUCAAACUUGGAGAUAUUAUCCCUGCAGAUGCUCGCCUUCUCGAAGGUGAUCCUUUGAAAAUUGAUCAGUCUGCACUUACCGGUGAGUCCCUACCAGUGACAAAGGGUCCCGGUGAUGGUGUGUAUUCUGGUUCAACCUGCAAACAAGGAGAGAUUGAAGCUGUGGUCAUCGCUACCGGUGUUCACACCUUCUUUGGGAAAGCUGCUCACCUUGUAGAUACUACUAAUCAAGUCGGUCACUUUCAACAGGUCUUGACUGCAAUUGGUAACUUCUGCAUAUGUUCUAUUGCUGUGGGGAUGAUCAUUGAGAUCAUUGUUAUGUAUCCCAUUCAAGAUAGAAAAUAUCGUCCUGGAAUAGAUAACCUGCUUGUGCUUCUCAUUGGAGGAAUUCCAAUUGCCAUGCCGACGGUUUUGUCCGUGACCAUGGCUAUUGGUUCUCAUAGGCUCUCUCAGCAGGGUGCUAUCACAAAGAGGAUGACAGCCAUUGAAGAAAUGGCAGGCAUGGAUGUUCUUUGUAGUGACAAGACUGGGACUUUAACACUAAAUAAGCUUACGGUCGACAAAAAUCUUGUCGAGGUUUUCGCAAAAGGAGUGGACCCGGAUACUGUUGUUUUGAUGGCAGCUCGAGCUUCAAGACUUGAGAAUCAAGACGCCAUAGAUACUGCCAUUGUUGGGAUGCUGGCUGAUCCAAAGGAGGCACGUGCUGGUAUACAAGAAGUGCAUUUUCUUCCUUUCAAUCCAACUGAUAAGAGGACUGCAUUGACCUAUAUUGAUCAAGAUGGUAAAAUGCAUAGAGUAAGCAAAGGUGCACCCGAACAGAUCCUUCACCUUGCCCACAACAAAUCAGACAUCGAACGCAGAGUUCAUGCAGUGAUUGAUAAGUUCGCAGAGCGCGGUCUGCGAUCUCUUGCUGUAGCAUACCAGGAAGUUCCCGAUGGAAGGAAAGAAAGUGCUGGAGGCCCAUGGCAGUUUAUUGGCCUUAUGCCUCUCUUUGACCCACCUAGGCAUGAUAGUGCCGAAACAAUACGGAGGGCACUAAAUCUUGGAGUAAAUGUCAAAAUGAUUACAGGUGAUCAACUAGCUAUAGGAAAGGAAACAGGACGACGCUUGGGAAUGGGUACCAAUAUGUACCCUUCAUCUGCUUUACUUGGACAGGACAAGGAUGAAUCCAUUGCUGCCUUGCCCAUUGAUGAACUAAUCGAAAAAGCCGAUGGAUUUGCUGGUGUAUUUCCUGAGCACAAGUAUGAGAUUGUGAAGCGAUUGCAAGCGAGGAAACAUAUCUGUGGAAUGACUGGUGAUGGAGUGAAUGAUGCACCUGCUCUAAAGAAGGCAGACAUUGGUAUAGCUGUCGCCGAUGCCACGGAUGCUGCUCGUAGUGCAUCUGAUAUUGUUUUAACAGAACCUGGUCUUAGUGUUAUCAUAAGUGCUGUUUUGACCAGCCGAGCUAUUUUCCAGAGAAUGAAAAAUUAUACAAUUUAUGCUGUCUCAAUCACAAUUCGUAUCGUGCUCGGUUUCAUGUUGCUGGCUCUCAUAUGGAAGUUUGAUUUUCCACCUUUUAUGGUUCUUAUUAUUGCUAUCCUGAAUGAUGGUACUAUUAUGACAAUUUCAAAGGAUAGAGUAAAACCGUCACCACUGCCGGAUAGCUGGAAGCUAGCAGAGAUAUUUACUACUGGCAUUGUGCUCGGAAGUUACUUGGCAAUGAUGACUGUCAUUUUCUUUUGGGCUGCAUACAAGACAAAUUUCUUCCCGCGAGUGUUUGGUGUUUCAACCCUUGAAAAAAGUGCUCAUGAUGAUUUCCGAAAACUCGCCUCAGCAAUCUAUCUUCAAGUGAGCACCAUUAGCCAAGCUCUUAUAUUCGUGACUCGUUCUCGAGGCUGGUCAUAUGUCGAGCGUCCGGGAUUAUUGCUGGUGGUUGCUUUCAUCGUUGCUCAGCUGAUCGCCACGUUGAUCGCAGUAUAUGCAAACUGGAGCUUUGCGGCGAUCGAAGGAAUAGGAUGGGGUUGGGCUGGUGUAAUAUGGCUAUAUAACAUAAUAUUCUACAUCCCUCUUGAUAUCAUCAAAUUCUUGAUUCGCUAUGCUUUGAGUGGAAGGGCUUGGGAUCUUGUCAUUGAGCAAAGGAUUGCAUUCACUAGGCAAAAGGACUUUGGGAAAGAACAAAGGGAACUUCAAUGGGCACAUGCUCAAAGAACACUGCAUGGAUUGCAAGCCCCUGACACUAAGAUGUUCACUGAGCGCACGCAUUUCAACGAGCUCAAUCAAAUGGCCGAAGAAGCUAAGAGGAGAGCCGAAAUUGCGAGGUUGAGAGAGCUCCACACACUGAAAGGUCAUGUGGAAUCAGUUGUGAGAUUGAAGGGUCUGGACAUAGACACAAUUCAGCAAGCAUACACAGUUUGAGAGGUUUUGUUGCAUAGUGAUGAUAAUAUUAUUAUUAUUAUGAUUAUUGUAAAGGAUUGAUAGUUAUUAUCGCUGAGAGGGAGAUAAUGUAAUGAAUGAAUGAUUGCACUCUCUAGUGUUUUUAUUAUAUUUUUUUUAUUGUGACUUUUGCUUUGAGCACUUAAAAGUAGUGCUCUUUUCUGUCAGCUUUAUCUAUCUAUGCACCUUUGCUUCUUUUUAAUCAUAUAAAUAUACCUGUCA